UACCUAUCUAUACGCAGUACUGUGAUCACAAUAGGCACCUUGAAACGAGGCUGACAGGGAGACAAGGAGACACGUUCACACAGGAGUUACUCAGGUGACUGGCGAGAAGGAGGGCAGUCACGCUAAGAGACAAAAGUUGUCGCUUCCUGCCUCCCACCUUCCGCUUCCCGCCUUCUCUUCCUCCGAUCGCCCGUGUCAUCUUCAACUCUCCCACAACUGCUUGUCAACAACAAAGCUUCCUUCCAUCUUGACGAUCUUGAUUCCCACCCCAACUUGAUCUUCCAAUACACCCCCUACUACCCGCUUGCGCUCAAUCGCUCAGUCUUACUCCUCAUCGCAUCGGAUCCUUCUUGAGCUCCUUCCGCCUAUUUCUGGUAAGGCCACACCAAUUGUCCUGGUCGGCGUAAUCGACGCCGACCGACUUCACCUUCCCAGCCUCCAUCCAAAGUCUUCCUCGUCCUUUCCUCCCCUCAAACCACCACAAUAUUGUUUGCCUGCAAUAUUCUCUUCAAUCACAGCUUCUUUCAGCUCUUCGCGCCAGAGCUCGCCAUUCAUCAGGUAGAGAUCGAACACUUGCAAGAUGCCGCCACCGCGCAGCCUUGAACCCGAUCGGGCAAAAGAGUUUGAAGAGGUGUAUAAUCAAUAGUAAGUAUCCAUCCCCUUCAGCAGGUCAUAAAGACUGACAGUAUAUACACAGCGCUCAAGAAGAGUCCCUAGAAGAAGCCAAGGGGUCCUUCCACGCACACGUUUUGGGCAAGGUUCUUGAGGAUGGGAAGGAUCGAUCUCUUUCCACUUCACAGUGGGCAAAACCACCAACACCUAAACGAAAUACCUUGCUUGUCAAUCGCAACAAUGUGAAAGAGAAUGAUCGACCUACUAUCCCUCGUACUCCCCACCCUGAUGGCUGGAUCCCCCCACACAUGAGACACUUGAAAGACGUCCCAUCCAAUACAGAAGCAGGUACAAGUAGUACUCCAUGUGAACCAAUGGCCAAGAUGGAACAAGGUACUGGUAGUGCGGUAGAGUCCGCUAGUCAAGACAAAGCCAUACCCUCUUCCAACUGGGCUAGUGUUGCUCCCGUCAAAGGUGAGAUUCCAGUCUUGACUUGCUGAGUUGGAUCAGAAACACUUGCUAACUGAUCUUCACAGUUCCGACCACUGUGGUUGAAGCCAAAGCUGGUGCCAUUGUGCGGGCAAAUGAUGGUGCUCGCAGAAAUGCCUCAAAAUACCUUCCGGCAUGGCUUCGAGGACCCGGUAUCGAAGAGGCUGAAGACGACUCGGACUCUGACAGCUCCAGCAAUGACUCUUCUUGCGAAGAAGAAAACACUGGCGUCUUACUCUGCAAGUCACCUGAGCCCCCGGUUGUCGUUAACUCAAGUGAAUGCCAUAAUGAAGGAAUCAAGAAGAUUUCCGGCUCCAAUCAAACUGGCGAAAUGGCGUCCUCGCUUAAGCACCCGAUUGCGGAGCCUAACAUCAACGCUAGCGCCCACCUUCCAUCUCCAGGAGACGCAGCCACCACUCUUAAUACGCCUGCAAAGCAGUCUAGUGCUGGUAUCUCACCAUCCAAGAUGGGUCAAGAACAAUCGCGUCUACUGUCUGAAAGACAGGCAUAUAAGCGAGAGCUUCACAAAAAUGGCGAAUCCUCAAGCACAAUCCCAGAGGUUGCUGUACGACACCCUCUCGCUACGGCGACUUCCACACAAGCGGGUAACCAAACGCCCACGGCAGCAAAUUCUCAGAUCUCAACCGGGCAACGUCCUGUCGUUCAACCACAAGUUCAAGGUGAUCGAGGUGAACAAGGCAAAGUUGCGAAACCUCCACACCUCCAAGCUGCUCCCGUCAAGCAAGAUGAAGCUGCAACUCCAGUCAAACCAGUUCGGCCAGUUCGGCCAGUUCGGCCAGUUCAGCCAGCUCAGCCAGCUCAGCCAGCCAAAGCUGCGGAGCCUUCAUGCCCUCGAGAUGCCUCCGUUGAGCAAGCUCAUGUAGCAACAACUCCAUCCCACCCGAAAGUCGAGCCAGUUGAGCAAGCUACAACCGCAAAACCAUCUGUUCAGGAUCAAUGGGGAGCCGGCCAAUUGAAGCUAGCGACCGCUGAAGAGAUUAUCCAGGCUAAGGCAAAAUUGCCAAUAUUUCAAGGAGGACGAUAUGGACACCAUACAUCGAAACAGGCUAUGGACAAAACACCUGUCAAGGCUCGUACAUCAGUUUGGAAACAAGUGAAACAAGAAGCCUUGGCUGAUGCCUCCCUAAGCAAGCUCAUUACCAACACUGUUCAUGAGCAAGUUGAGGUUACACCAAUGCUACCUCUCAGCCAAUUGAUUGCUAAGAACGGUCUUCCUCCCCCAGCAGAUGAAAUCGAAGUUCCUCCAGCAGGUUGUUUCGAGGUUCCUCAAUUUGAUGAACUAGGUGAUUUCGAAAAUCCUGAUCUUCCUGAUCCUAGCGGACCGGGAGGAUAUAGAGAGGGAUAUAGAGAGGGUGUAAGGGCCCGACAGGGUGAUCCACCAGAGGAUGAGCUGGGUGACUGGAGCGGCGGAUUCCAGCCACCUCCAUGUGAUUGGGCGAACAGAGCGCAGGAGACUGCAAAGAUGGAUUAUUCCUGGGUUCCCGACCACAUUGAUGAGUGGAGACAAUACACACCAUCAGGCCCUGCAGUCGCGAUUGACAUUAACGAAUACGCAGAGGAGUUUAAAGUAGGUAUGCCCAUCGAUGCUAUCAACACGUGCUUCCUGCCAACGAUACAUAUACGAGAUACAAGACCAGGUCAGUUAAACAUUCCGCUCCCCCAUUCAUGUUCACACACUAAUUAUAUUCAGACAAUGACAAUUGUGAGAACGAAGAGCGGAGAUUGAUCACAGCUGAGCAGAACAUUACCAGAGAAUCCAAGUUGAUGGCCAGUCGUCCAAAAGCUCCGCAGGUACCAAUUUGGAGAUUGUUUACUGGGAGAGAGGACGCUGCCAUGCGUGCUGUGGAGGAGGAAAGAAUGGCUAAUUACGUAUCUCCGCCAAAUCCAAAUCGCCCUAGAAUGGACAUGUAUCUCCGCCCAGCGACGGUCGAAGACGCAGCCGAAAUUGCACGAAUCUACAAUUACUAUGUCGUCAAAACCCACAUUCCUGAGGACCAAACACCUAUUUCGGCAACUGACGCGGCCUUCUUGAUUGAAGAUGCGAAGAAACAGGAAUUACCUUUCAUUGUCGCAAUCAAGGGAAGGCUACCAUCCUUUGGUGUGGAUGUGCUCGGCCGUCCUGCAAAACCCAGAAAGUCCACGCUACCAGCUUGCGAGAUUGUACUUGGUUGCAUAUGGGUUGAGGCCUACAACUUCGGUAUCUUGGGUCAACGAAACGGCAGAUCUCGUCGCACGGCUACUCUUCAAUUAUACGUCGAUCCUCAAUUCACGCGCAAGAAAGUGGGCUUCAGCCUUCUCGACCGCAUGCUCUUCACCUUGCACCCCCGAUACGGGUUUGAGGAUCAACACGCCUGGGUCAACGUCGAUGGAGACAAGAUGUACAUUCACGAGGGAUACGAUAAGCCAAACUUCCACCAAGUCGUGUUCCAGCUCCCAGUUCUAAGUCGGAAUGAUCCCAAUCUCGAAGGCGUGACCGAGUUCCUGAAGAACAAAUUCUGGAUCCUCGAAGCAGCUCGCAUGCAUAUGUUUGGUAGGACCCAUGCACUCAAUGGAGAGCUCAUUUCUUGGCUUGAUCUUGUCAUCUUCACAGGUAUUGUUUGGCAAGCGGAAAGUUUUGGCCAGAUCUACUAAAUCAUGAAUGAUCUUGGUGCCCUCCGAUCACCCCAAUGUCCCGCGACUCUCUGGUGCGUUAUGCUCAAUGGACGUGUGCCUUGGUCUCUCAGGUUUGCUCAUCGUCUAUGGUGGAGGAUCUCGUGCCGACCCACUUCCAAAGGAUUUACUUGAUCGAUGGCUUUACUUUCGAUUCUCUUUGCAAUCUUUCGAAUGGAUCACGAUCUUUAGUCACGACGUUCUGGACACUCGCCUUCUGGACACUCUCGUUGCUGCGGAAGACAUUUUUCAAACAAAGUACAGAUUGUUUCUUUCUUUCGUUCAAAAUUCAUGACAUCUCGGUCAUUUUCCCCGAUCAAUCAUAUUUGUCACUUUCUUCUCUUGUGCUUUACUCGCAGAGAGGUCUUCCAUUUGUGCUGGUGGUUAUUCCAUGGAAAGGGGAGAUUCUAGGAUCGUUGUUUUCCAUGGUGGAAGGCCUUGAGUGUGGUGGGCAUGUUUUCUUAUUGUGCGGCUGGUGUGAAGGAGCUGCUGCUUUCUUUUCUUCCUUUUUCAUUUUCAUUGGAGGAUGGAUUCUAUUGAUUGUUCUCACAUCAGGACUGGAUUUUAUUCUCGAAUGAAGCUUCUUCUUUCAUUAAGGGACGUAUUCUUUGGUUUACAUAUCAGGACUGGAUUACUCUCGAACGAAUCUACUUUCUCAUUAAAAAGGUGUAUGGGUGGACUCUAUCAUUUUCGUAACAGGGCUGGAUGUAAUUUACCUUCUUCCGGUAGUUGAAUUGAAAUGAUUUUUUCAAAAUCAA